AUGGGUCUAGGAAAGACAAUCCAGGCAAUUGCAAUUGCUUACUUCUAUAAAGAGGAAUGGCCUCUUUUGAUAGUGGUCCCUUCAUCUCUGAGAUAUCCUUGGACAGAAGAAAUAGAGAAAUGGAUCCCAGAGCUAGGUCCUGAAGAAAUCAAUGUUAUUCAGAAUAAAACUGAUGUUAGGAGAAUAUCGACCAGCAAAGUGACAGUUUUGGGUUAUGGUCUUUUAACCACAGAUGCAGAGACUUUGAUAGAUGCACUGAAUAAUCAGAACUUCAAAGUAGUUAUAGUAGAUGAAUCACACUACAUGAAGUCCAGAAAUGCAACUCGCAGCAAGAUUUUAUUGCCAGUAGUACAGAAAGCCAGACGAGCCAUUCUUCUUACAGGAACUCCAGCUUUAGGAAGGCCUGAAGAGCUUUUCAUGCAGAUUGAGGCUCUCUUUCCACAAAAAUUUGGAACAUGGACUGAAUAUGCCAAAAGAUACUGUAAUGCACAUAUCAG